CUCUCUCUCUCUCUCUCUCUCUCUCUCUCUCUCUCCCCUCUCUCUCCCCCUCCCUCCCUCCCUCUCUCCUAGUGUAGUUGCUCCAAAGUGUUGUAACUGACUGAUUCAUUUUUAAGCCUUUCUUUGUGCUUGUAUGUGUGACUAACUCAAUAUUCUGCUUAGGCUUAUGCCAUAGCUAAAAUCAAGCAUCGUGUUUUUGAAAUGUUAUUCAGGAUAUGUCAGAUUUGUCAAUACAUGUCCUGUAUUUUUCUUUUAGUUGUCGAUGCAAGUGAGGUGCUAAUAUUCAUUCGAAUCUUUCUAGUAUGAGUCGUUAAAAGCGGGUUUACAUCACUGGAUACAUCUAUUUGUUCCUUUCUCUCAUUGCUAAAUUGCUUAAUUCUGCUUCACCUUCAGAUUAUAUGUAUAUGUAAGAUAUAUACAUCUCUGCUCUACUUGUUUAGCUAGUACUUAAAUUAGGAAACUUAAAUCUGCUCCCGACAUCGUGACUCAAAGUGCUUGAACUAUAGAUUAAGGGUACAUGGUAUCAGAAAAGUGACUGCAAAUUCUAUGUUCAUGAUAUAGGAUAGUGUGUCUGAAGUAAUUUUUCUGUUUAUCUUAGUCUUGUACUUGGGUCACAAGUCUGAUAUUGUUAAUACUUUUAUUUGGAUGGCGGUAGAGGUAUAGUGUAGGCUGAUAGUUUGCAUUUAACUUAUUGUAGUUUAUGAACACGCAGCACUGUAUGAGCUAAAAGAUCUGCAUUGCAUUAGGUGGGACGGCGUGGUGCAGGAUAAUGCAGUAUUACAAUAAGUUUGAUUGAAUUUAAAUCCUACUAACUCGACCUGAAUGAUUAAGUAUUUAACUUAUGACUAGUAUUAAAGAUAUGUAAAGUUGUUUUCAAGUUAACAAACCCCGAGUAAAAAAAAUUUGGACUCGCAAGAAGCAUGAGUCAAAUAAUUUAAACUCAAACUGGAUCUAAUAAAUUAAUUAAAAUUCGACUACGAGUUAAGUAUAAUCAAGUUAAUACUUUAUACUGUCAACAGAACUUUACUCAUUAGCGCAUGUACUCCACACAAACUCAAAUCUGCGGGAGUCACUGAGUCUGAGAGUGUCUUGAUUCAAAUGUCUUAUUUUUAUUUAUAUUAUAUUGAAGCUGAAUAUACUCUAUAUUGAACUUUUGGACACUGUAAUAAAGCAAGUACUGUAACUGCUUGCGCCUUUUAAUAUCGUAGUUGCAUUAUGACUUUGUCAAUAUUGUACUGCGUUCUGCUACUUCCUUAAGGGCACAUGGAGGAUUAAAGUUUUGAUUAUGCUUUCAUCCAAUAUUCAGCAAAAACCAUUAAGUCUUUUAUUAUAUUUGGGUUUCUCCUUUUCUUUAGUGUAGGAUACACGUUUCUUAACAUUGGGGAGCUUUAGACUGGAGACAGAAUAUGCCAGCACUUAUGAUUUUUGCUGAAGCCAACAACUCAACAAGUUGAAAUAUUAAGUAAAACCAAAAUCGUGAAAUCAUUAUAACUGUAAUAAUUCUAGUGCAGCAUAUACAGUGACCAACACUGUAUACCUACAUCAUAAAAAGGAGUAUACCCUCUCCUGCCUUAAACCUCAAAUAAAGACACGAAGAGCUGUAUAAUUAUGGAGAUAGAUUCAACAUAUAUAUCAACAACCAUAGCAAUUAGCGAUUUAAAUUUUUAAUUGGCAAUCUAUUAAAAUAGCACAUAACUUUACAAGUAAAAGUGUAGGAUUCAACAUUUUUAGCAAUUAGCAUUGUGAAUUACACACUGGCCAGCAAAAUUGUACCUAAGAGGCUUACCUGCACAAGAUUUACAUAUGCUAAAAAUUAGCUUAGAUAACAAUAACUAGCACUAGCAGUAUAAUUUAUGUCCUAACUAUCAAUAAUCAACCCAACUUCAGUAGUAAUACUGCAUCUUGAACAUUCACAUCACUAUAGCAGUGUGAAUUGCUUCUCGUCGUCUAUUGAAAACUGUGUACCUCGUAAAUAUCACCAAAAUGUGUGCGCAUAUCUUAGGGGAGGUUACCUCUCAAAAAGACCCUACCAGAGUGAACCAAUACAGUUUAAUUAGGCACAGAGAAAUACAAAUGAUGAAUUUGAUACAAUUUGAAAUUAAUAUAGAGAAAUGAGAGCACUACUUACAAGUCAAACCCUAGGGUUAGGUUUGGUUGCGAUCUGCACACCUUCUUCAAACAGAUUGAUUUAAAUGUGUAUUAUCGUUCUUACUCCCUCCGUUACAGAUUCUUAUUGUUCUUCCUUCCUUCGUUACAGGAUUGGGUGCGCUGGAAUUAUUACCUUUUAAUGCUUUAAUGAUUUUGGUUUUAGUUUAUAGUUUCAGCUUGUUGACUUCAACCAUACUCAAAAAUUUUAGUGCUGUCUAAAGCUCCCAAUGUUAAGGAACGUGUAACCUACACUAAGGAAAAGGGAAGGGAGGAACCCAAAUAAGAUAAAAGACAGAACGGUGUUUGCUGAAAUUUUCCUAUUGGACGAAAGCAGCAGAUAAUCUAAUAUUUUAUCCUUCGUAUGCCCUUAAUAUUAUGCUUGUUUGCAAGGACUCUGAUCUCAGACUACACACAAGUGCAUUCAUUCCAUCAUAUUUAGUCCUUUAUAACAGUCGCGUGGACCUUAUUUAUUUGCUAAACACUUUUUAGUUCAUUUGGGGAUUACUGAAUAUCACCCUCUCCCUAAGGUUCCCUUGAGAAUUAACUCAAAAAUAGCUUGAAAUUAGUCCACCAAAUUAGUGAAGGUAAUAUAUAUUACAAAAUUGGAAUAAAUAGGCCAAUAUCUGGCAUUAUCAAUCCCUUGAAACAAUUACAGCUUAAUAGUAUAUGUUAGGCUCAUAGUUACAAGGAAACGGGUACGCUACCACGUACCGCGAUCCAAAUCGUUCGUACCCGAAACGCAAACGGAAACGUUCGGGGCCGCGACCUAGAUCGCCGGAAGUGACGACUGGCGAGAACACACUUCAUUCUUGUUCCGAACAAUAGAUCCAUGUUUAUGUCAUAUGAUAAGUAGUUUAUUUUAUCAAUAAAUGUGUACUUUUAUUUGUUAUUCAACAUCUUUUUCUUUAAAAAAAAUUAUAAAUGUAUAAAUUAUCAACUAAAAUUGUAUACUAUAAUGGAAUUUAUAUAUAUGAUUAUAGAAUUCUUUUUAAAAGGACCAGUUGUACCCAUACGUUCCAUCGUACCCGUACGUUCCAUCGUACCGGAUUCACUAAAACUAAUGUUCCGCGUACCCGAUUUCGUUCCCCGUUUCGAAUCGAACCAAGUCUUAUGUAACUAUGGUUAGGCUUUCAUGACCACUUUUCACCAUUUAGCCUAGUUUAUAGAGUUUCUUCUGUUUCUGCUUGCUCAGAACUGCUGAUAUAUUACCAGAUUUUUUGUUUUAAUAUUUGAAUUGAAUUGAAUAGAAGGUAGAAGGUGUGAUGAAUCUUCACUGGACGAGUUAAGCUAAUAUGAGUAAAACCUUGAAGGGAAGAAAGUAAUAUUUUAAUAACUUGGUUCAGUUUCUUUUUUAAUUUUUUGGGAUAAAUUACUUUGUGGUGUUAGUCACGUGAACGUAUUGCAUCCUCUUCAAGUUUUCAUAUCGAUUUUAAUGUAUGGAUGUCAUUAUGGUAACUACCUUCGACUUUAUGGUACUAUCAAGGGCUUUGAUGUUUUUUGUUAUAGUCUCUGAUAUGCAAGGAGAUCUACGAACUUCCACAGAACCAGCAUAUUCUAUUGACAGCGAUGCUGAAAUAGAUGUCUCAAAAGUCAGUGCUUUACUGGUAGCCACAGUUCAGGAAGCAAAAGACAGAAUUUCUGAAGUAGAGCAUAUGUUCUGCUCUCAGCUUUUUCCAGAUUAUCAGGCAAAAUCUAUAAACUUGCAUAAGGUUUACUUAGAGGCAAGAAAAGAUGCGGAAGCAUCGAAUAAGAGGGAGAGAGAUCUCUUACUAGAAAUAGAAAAGCUCCAGCUUGAAAAGCAACAGGCCUUUAAAGAAAGCCAGUCUUUGAAGUUGGUGAAUGCGGGGUUUGAGAGAUUUGUUCGGGCAUCAAAGUGUAUUCUAGAUCUUCGAAAGAAUUUGAAAAAAGUGAAUGCAAAGUUGGGGGGUGGAAAAGAACACCAGGGUUUACUACAGUAUCUUAAAUUGAAUGCAGAUGUCGUACUUAAUAAUGACAAUGCAUUACAGGAACUUGAAGAGAAAAUCAUGCUUAUACAGGAUUCAAGUUGUUUAGAUACUGAAGCGGAGAAACAACAGGAUCUUCAUACAAAUCAUAAGAAAGUAGACAGAGAAAUGGAAAUGGAAAUGGGGAAGGAGCUACUCCAUCUGGUCCAGUCAAAUGUGAUGCUGGUUCUAGAAAAGGAAAGCCUACAUAGAGAACAUGAAGAAAAGACAACAGUACUACAGGGGAAAAUCGGUAAUCUAGAAAAAAAGGUUAAUGAGCUUGAAAUGGAGCUCAGAUCAAAAUCCAAACAAUCUGACAAGGAAAACCAGUCCUAUGAAUAUCUCCUAAAAAGGAUAAACUCGGAGGUUAAGAAUAAUGAGCAACUGUUGAGAGAUAAUGGGAAGGAGAAACGGCUACUUACAGCCAAACUAGAAAGCUUAGCUGGCACUGUAGAGGAGUUGCAAAAAGAGCUAAGACAGAAAGAGAAAGAAGUGGAAGACAGCAGAAAUUUACAAGAAGAGUUGCGCCAACAAAUUGAUCUAAAUGGUUUGGAAAUGUUAAAGUCUGAACAGGAACUGGAAGGGCUUCAUAAAGAGAGAAGCCUGCAUAUGGCCAAGCUUAAAGUUUUUGAGGAAAAAGUUGAUCAACUUCAAUUAGAGCUUAGAGAGAGAAGCAUGGAGUCUGCUGAAGGAAUAGAGUUGCAUGGGAAAUUACUUAAGCAGAUUGAAAGCAAAGAUUGUGAGUUGUUGUCUGAAAAGAAGAAAAGGAAAAAUGUCGUUGAUUCUUACAAGAGGCUGAAAUCCCAGUACAACUUCCUCUGCGCUAGAAAUGGUCUAACGCCAGAGAAUAUGCUUACCCCAAACAAAAAAGAAGAUGAAACAGUUUCAGUGAGGCACAGUCCGGAUCCAUUAACUUCACCAGGCAGUGGGGAUAAAGUUUUAAAAUCUCCAGUUGUUAAUUCUGAAUUGACCAGGCAGCAGGAUAACCAAGAGAAUUUAAAAGAUAACCAAGGAGUAGUACCACUUAAAAGCUUAAACUCUGACUUGCCAUGUAGCUCCAGUCCUCUAAGUAGACUACCGGGCUGGACAAAUGCAAAUGCUAGACCAUUAUCUGGUAUGAAGCGCCCAGGUUCAUAUUGGAGAGAAACCAGGUCUCAUCAGAAUCGAGGUGGUCCCGAUCCGCAUGAUGAUUUUCUUAAUACUCCCUUGGAAAACAUCAGGGGAAAUAUGAAAAAACCCACCAAGGAAGAACAUGAUGUCCAAAAUCCAGCUUCGAAGGAUAUGAUAUCUCAUAGUUCAGAUGAUGAAACACAGAACUUGAAUGUCGAUCCUGACCCUGCUCCACAGAAGCAGCAAAUUCUACCUUUAAGGGCUGGAACGAAAGGUUUUAAGUAUGUGGAACCAGUAAGAAAGAAAGCUGAUAGGGAGAAUUUAAAAGGCAUUGAAUGCAAGCAGUGCAAGAAGUUCUAUGAUGCAGUUCUUCCGGAUGGCGGGGGAAAGGAUAGUGAUAAACAAAAUUUACGUUGUGAACAUCAUGAAGGAGUUUCAAGGCACCGCUAUAGGUAUGCACCUCCCUCAACUCCUGAAGGGUUUUGGAAUAUUGGAUUUGAAUCUGAAAUGUAGAGCCCUUGCAUCGUGAUGGUUCUUCGAUAAGAGCAAUUUAACUUGUAAAUCCAAUUCUUUGGCUUACUAGAAAUUUUAGUUUAAAAACUUUGUUUGUCAAAUUUGCAAUGCUGUUGGAUGAUAAGCAAGUUGUGGAAAACAUAGCUACAGAGAAAGCAAAAGAUGUUUUACUACUAACUAAUGUUGGGAGUUGCACUUGCAAACUUCUGAAUAUCAGGUACAAGGAUAGUGGACAGAUAGAAUCUGCUUUUGUUGGUAUAUAUAUGGGGCCAAA